AAGUAGAUUGUUCUCCUCUUAGCAUGGCGCAAAUCAAUACAUUGCAAUAGUGAUUGCUAGUACUGGUGAAUUUGUAACAAAAUUAAUAAUAUGGAUAUGUAAUUUCCACGCGAGAAGUUAUCAUAAAAAGACUGAGUAAGGACAGUCAGGAGGCCUGAAAUCCAACUAACGUUACAAUGAGCCCAAUUAUGUAGGAGAAAUUAACUAUGUGCACUCUUCUGUAGUCUGUGUAAGUUAGACAUUCCUAAAAUUAUUUAAGCCAUUUAUUUGCAUCAUGGACAUGGUAUACCCCAUAAUUGUAUUUCUCGCUUUUGGAGUGUUUACUCGAGUAGUGGAGUAGGAGAUGCUGAAAAAAGCACUGAAGAUUUUAUUGUGAUGGCGUUAGACGUGAGAGAACAAGCUCAUGGUAGCGUGGCCUCCCAGUUACACAGCAGUGAGGAAGACAGAGCCUUUGACAUGACCACCAGCGAGAAGGUGGUGGAACUGUUGAACCAGGCAGCACUCAUCUCUACAGAGGAAAAGCUUAUUGUUCUCAAACAGGUGCAGGAGUUGAUUAUCAACAAGGACCCUUCAUUGCUUGAUAAUUUUCUGGAUGAAAUCAUCGCAUUUCAGACUGAUAAGUCAAUUGAGGUGCGAAAGUUUGUCAUCGGAUUCAUUGAGGAGGCAUGUAAAAGAGACUGUGAGCUUCUGCUGAGGCUGAUUGCCAACCUGAACAUGCUGAUGAGAGAUGAGAGUGUGAAUGUGGUGAAGAAGGCCAUUCUGACGCUCUCUCAGCUGUACAAAGUGGCUUUACAGUGGCUGGUGCGCACUAAGAGUGUCUCGGACAUGCAGGAGGCAUGCUGGGAUAUGGUGACCCAGCUGAAAGAGGAUGUUCUGGCAUUGCUAGACUCCGAUAACGACGGAGUUCGCACUUACGCCAUCAAAUUCACUGAGUCCCUCAUCAUCACUCUGUCACCACGGACACCUGACUCUGAUACGCCCAAGAAACAGGAAGGAGACAUCAGCCUGGACAAAAUCCCCAAAGACCACACGUAUAUUCGAUAUGACACCUUGUGUGAUGAGGGAAAGUUGGCUCUGGAGCAGCUGUUAAAGUUUAUGGUGCACCCUGCCAUCUCCAGCAUUAAUCUCACCGCUGCACUGGGAUCACUGGCUACGCUGGCCAGACAGCGGCCCAUGUUCAUGUCUGAGGUGGUGCAGGCGUACGAGACGCUACAUGCUAACUUGCCCCCGACUCUGGCUAAGUCUCAAGUGAGCAGUGUGCGCAAGAACCUGAAGCUGCACUUGGUCUCGGUGCUGAAGCACCCCAGCAGCGUGGACUUCCAGGGCCAGAUUUCCACUCUGCUGCUGGACCUUGGCAUGUCUCAGAGCGAGAUCUCCCGCUGCACGCCAGCCACCGUACAGCCCCGUAAGAGACUCCACCAUGAGCCCUAUGUCGAGGGCAAGAGGACCAAGAUGGAGGCCACUCUAGUGGAGGAUGAUGAUGAUAAGGAAGAACCAGCUCCAGUCGUCACCCCAAAACCAUCCUCCUCCUCUGGCACCCAAUCAUCCAUCGAUCUCACUGCUGAGUUCCUGUUGCCUCUGCUGAACCCAGAGAAUGUGGCCAACCUGGUGCUCAUCAGUAUGGUUUACCUGCCUGAAGUGAUGCCGGCCUCUUUCCAGGCCACCUACACACCUGUAGAAUCGGCCGGCACUGAUGCUCAGAUCAAACAUUUAGCCAGGCUGAUGGCCACACAGAUGACAGCGGCUGGACUGGGACCAGGGCUGGAGCUGUGUAAGGCUCGAGAUGAAGAGGUAAAGGAGGAAGAUGGCGGAGUGGGUGAGUCCAGCUCCAAAGACCCUCUCAUCAUCCGCAAACUGUCUGCUGUGUCCCUGGGUCAAGCCAUCUCAGUGGUGGGGGCGCAACAAGCGGCCUACAAGAGCCCUGUCACCGAAGAGGCACCUCAGAUCAAGAAGCUUCCUGAGCCCAUACUGCCCACCACACAGCCCAAAGCUCCUGGGGCCAGUGGCAGAAAAAAAGUGUUCAAAUUGGCUGACGUGGUGCAGCCUUUCUCAGAGGCUCAGAUCGAGAAACUCGCCAACAUGGCCAUCAAACGGAUCCUUCAAUCAGAAAAGGCCAUUGCACAGAGUGGGAUGUCCCAUGUUCGUGUGAAGUUGCUUGCACGGUUGGUGACCCAGUUUGAGGGUGGGAAGAAAAAUGACUUGUUGCAGUUUAUUUUGGAGGAUAUGCGGGGCAGAAGUGAGCUGGCCUUUUCUCUGCUGUUCCAUGAGUACAAUGAAUACCUGGGUCAGCAGCCCUCGGGUUCUCUGGACAGCUAUGAGCACUGUCUGUUCACACUGCUCUCCGGCCUGCAGGAGAAACCUGAGCAGAGGGAUGGGCUUUUCACUAAACUUGUGUUGGAAGCUCCGGUUAUUACAGACUCUGCACUGGAGGUGAUUCAACGCUACUGUGAGGACGAGUCACGUGUUUACCUGGGCAUGUCCACAUUAAAGGAGCUUAUCCUCAAACGCCCCUCCAGACAGUACCAGUACCUCAAUGUCCUUCUGAACCUCAGCUCUCACGAAAAAGAAAAGGUGCGGUCCACUGCUCUCAGCUUCAUCAAGCGCAUGUAUGAGAAGGAACAUCUGAAGGACUGCAUUGAGAAGUUCGCUCUCACCUACAUGCAGUUUCUGGUCCACCCAAACCCACCUUCUCUUCUGUUUGGAGCAGGAGAGGAUACAGAGGUGGCGGCUUCCUGGACAGAAGAGACAGUGCGGCAGUGCCUUUACCUUUAUCUCUCCCUCCUUCCCGUCAACCAUUGUCUGGUACACGAGCUGGCUGCUGUCUACACCGAAGCCAUCGCCGACAUCAAACGCAGUGUGCUCAGGGUCAUUGAACAGCCUAUAAGAGGAAUGGGAAUGAGCUCUCCUGACCUGCUGCUCCUGGUGGAGAACUGUCCUAAAGGAGCCGAGACGCUGGUCACUCGCUGUCUGCACAUACUCACCGAUAAAGUGCCUCCAUCUCCUGAGCUGGUGGAGAGGGUGAGGGAUCUUUAUCAUAAGCGAGUGCCAGAUGUUCGUUUCCUCAUCCCAGUUAUCAAUGGCCUGGAGAAGAAUGAGGUGAUCCAGGCUCUACCCAAACUCAUCAAACUCAAUCCCAUUGUGGUGAAGGAGGUGUUCAACAGACUGCUGGGCACGCAGCACAGUGAGGGCAGUCCCUCCAUGUCUCCGCUCACUCCUGGAGAGCUCCUCAUCGCCUUACACAACAUUGACUCCUCCAAGUGUGACAUGAAGUCAAUCAUCAAAGCCACUAACCUGUGUUUUGGGGAGAAGAACGUGUACACCUCCGAGGUGCUGGCCGUGGUGAUGCAGCAGCUGAUGGAGCAGACCCCUCUCCCCAUACUGCUGAUGCGUACUGUCAUCCAGUCCCUCACUAUGUACCCUCGCCUGGCCGGUUUCGUCAUGAACAUCCUAGCCCGACUCAUUCACAAACAGGUGUGGAAGUAUCCUAAAGUGUGGGAGGGCUUUGUAAAGUGCUGCCAGCGCACCAAACCCCAGUCCUACAACGUUCUCCUCCAGCUGCCUCCACCUCAACUGGCCAGUGUGUUUGAGCGCUGCCCGGAGAUGAGGGAGCCCCUCCUACAGCACGUUCACGCCUUCACCCCUCACCAACAAGCCCACAUUCCAGCAUCUGUAAUGGCUGUUCUGGAGGCCAACAGCAGGAAGCCAGAACCAGAACCACAACCUGAACUUCAUCAUCCAGAAAUAAUAGAAGAGAGAGAGGUGCCAGUACCAAAGCAUAUAUCAGUGCCUGCACCAGUAUCACAAGCAGAACCUCCAGCCCCGGCUCCCAUAGUGUUUACUGAACCACCACCACCUCAACAACAACAACAACAGAUCCCGGCCAGGAGGGAAGAAGAAGAAGAGCAGUCCAUGGAGCAGGGAGAGACGGACCAUGCUGCUCUGGAGGUCACGUCUGAAGCCGCAUUGCAGCAGAUGGAGGUGUCUGAGGAGGCUUCACAGUCCAACUCCAUUUCAGAGAAGACAGACGAACCCAUGGAGGAGUCAGCUGCGAUGGCUAUGGAUGCGCCUGACCAACCCAAAGAUGAGUCUGAGGAUGUGCUUCCAGAAGCAGAAGAAAGCACUGUGGACUGAUGCCAUGUGAAAUACUGACUCUGAGAAGAUGUCAUUCUAUAUUGCUUUGUUCAGGUUACUAUGUAUCUUUAAGUUAGAAGUAAAAAUUAAAUGGAAUAUUUUGGUUAAUUUCUUUAAAGUUUAUCACUUGUUAAAAUUACUUGGAAAAUAAUUUGCUUUGUAUGUGCCACACUGUUUUCAUUUCUAGAAUAAAAUGCAAUCUCCAACCUGUAAAAAUGAGAAACAAAUCAUUGGUCUCUGCACUUCAGUCUCUCGUUAUUAUGUUAAUUUUGACAGCAUUUGGCAGGGGUGUAAAAUACUUGAGUAAUUUUACUAGAUUACUGUACUUGAGUAUUAUUUUAAGGUAUAUGUACUUCAAGUAAAAUUUAAAGUGACUACUUCUAUUAUGUUUCUGAAGGAAAAACAGUACUUUUUUACUUGAAAAGUACUCGUUACAGUUUUGCAUUUUUAAUUGAUCUUACACACAUUAAAUAUGGUACAUGGACUCAAACAUGCACACUAAUGAGGUUUGUUUUUAUGCACCAAGCACAUCCAUUUCAGCUUCGGUUAUAACUUUCAUCAGGCAGAUUUCUAGCUUCAAAAUUUCUUUGGCAUCAAAUGUGAGGAAGCAUAUUAAGGUAGCUAAGUUUAUUCAUUAUUAAAUUGUCUGUUCUGAUUUAGCCAUUCGCUGUCUGUGUACUAUAUUAGCUGAAUGCACAAGAAUAAAAUCAUUUAAAUACACGUCAUCAUGUUUAAUGUCCACGAUUACUCUUCAGAUUAGAUGUUACAAAAAUCUCAAAAAAGUGAAUGACGUGUGUUAAAUUAAUUGUAAAUCAUGGUUAGUGAUGUUCUGUUGAUAAGUUAUGAUGAUAUAUUGAGUUACAAGUAGGACUGUCAGUGAAUCAUUUAAUCUAAAUAAUUACAUGAUUUGAUGAUUAAUUCAUCUAAUUAGUUGUAAAAAAAAAAAAUUAGAUAUUAUAUAAUUUUAUAUAUAUUACAGCCGGGGCGUUAAGUAGACAACACAAAAGAGUGACUUUUUCAAAAGGUCAAUAUUGUAUGUUUUAAUUUUAUGUCACUCAUCUUUAAUUCAACACAAUUUCUUAUAUUCUGUCUAGAAUAUAUUUCUGGCCUCUGCAUCACAUCUGGUUCAUUAAAGGGAUACUCCACCCAAAAAUUAAAAUUCUCUCAUUUACUCACCCUCAUGCCGUCCCAGAAGGAUAUUACUUUCUUUAGAUGAAAACAAGAUUUUUAGUGCAUAUAAUGCAAGUAUACGGGACCACUUUAAAAAGUGAAUACAACGGUAAAGUAAAA